AUAAGGUAUGACUUUUUCACAUAUAAAACUACAUGUUUUACGACUAUUGUCAGAUCCAUUCCAUUCGUUUGCUCUGGAAGAAUCAUGGAAGGCAAAGCGUUUUGUGUUUUGUCCCUUGUCCUUGUUCUAUUGAAAGGUUGCCUGUGUAUACCACCACCCGUUCCAGACUUCGAUGACGAAUGGCCCGAGGAAGUGACCAAUGGGUCGGUAAUUGUCAAAGUACUGAAUGAGACGCGCAUGCGUAGAUUGUCACUCAAGUCCAGAUACGUUUAUCAUAAGGGUGCCAUCACGACAUCAGACGGUGGCGGAUACCGAAUUAGAGUGGAUGCAACUUACUCCGUUCCAGAUUCAGCACUGAACAUAGCUGCAUGUACUGCCAAGAAAAUGACACAACGCAUGCCAUCCGAUAUUUUCAAUAGACUGGCAUCAAGCGCGAAGAUCGGAAUUUUCUCCAAGUCAGAGACACUCACCAUUUACCCGGAGUAUGCUAAUGUAAGGAACCCUGCUGACUGUGGUACAACUAAUUGUGCUGGUCACUGUCAACACUCUUGUACAUUUGAUGGUAGAAAAUACUAUACACUUGCCGGUGCCGGGGGUAGAAGGACAGCUAUACUCUCUGACAAUAUCUUAUGCAACAGUGCUGAUCCUUAUCAUUCCACCAACAACAUACUUGUCCAUGAAUUUUCUCACACUGUAAAAAAUUAUGGAUUAUCCUCGGCGGAGAGAAGUCAGGUAAAUUCCGCUUACAACCAUGCUAAGUCGGCACGUUUGUGGGCUGAUUAUUAUCCCAUGGCAACCGUUGAGGAAUAUUUUGCUGUCGGGUCAGCGGUGUAUUUCAAUGCCGACCACCAACGAUAUAGGGGAACCGGCAAUCACAUGGAUCUGUGCAGCGGAAGCAAUUUUUGUACGUCCGAGUACCAAUCAAGGACCCAUCUUUAUCAGAUUGACAAUCCCUUGUAUAACUUACUGACACAUGUGUACGACAAUAAUAAAGUCGGUAAUUAUGCCAACAUCGGUGUAUGUGGCAGUACCUGUUAAGUAUUUUGUGUCAUACGCAAACGCUCGUUUGAAUAAAGUGUAAUACAAAAAUA